UUUGCUCUUUGAGCCUCUCGGCGGUCACGGCGCUUGGUGCCCCGUGUCUCCUCCUCUCUGCCCAGCUGCCCUCCGCAGAGGUGAGGCUCACCAGGGAAGUAAUGUUCUAAGAAUGUCAUCGGGCAUCCAAAUAAAACCAAAAACUGCAGCACAGAAAAGCAAGACAUCUUCUCCUUUGCCGUGUUCUCCAGAACCUGCAAUUAAACCACAGCCAAAGCCUAGUGACAAGCUGAAUCCUAAAACUAUUGAUCCGUUUGGUGCUCAUUCUCGACCACCUUCUGCAUUUGCUGCUAUAUAUGCGAAAGGUGGCAUUCCAUGCAGGUUAGUGCAUGGCUCUGUAAAGCACAGACUGCAAUGGGAAUGCCUUCCUGAAACUGUUCCCUUUGAUCCCCUUCUUGUAACAUUGGCAGAGGGUCUAAGAGAGACAAAACAUCCCUAUACAUUUGUUUCAAAGGAAGGUUUUAAAGAAUUACUUAUGGUUGAAGGUGCUACUGAAAAAGCAAUUCCCUUGUUGCCUCGUCUAGUUCCAGUGUUAAAGGCUGCAUUGGCCCAUUCGGAUGAUGAAGUAUUCGGAAGGGGAUUGGAUGCUUUAGUUCAACUGAGUGCUGUUGUUGGCCCAUCUCUGAAUGAUCAUCUUAAGCAUCUACUCACAAAUGUUUCAAGGAGAUUAAUGGACAAGAAAUUUAGAGAAAAAAUUACUGUUGCUUUACAAAAGUUGGAGCAAUAUGGUGGAAAGGCAACUGUGGCUAUCAUCAAAUCUAAAAUUCCAACCUAUUGUUCUAUCUCUUGUUGAUGAAGAAAACUGUAGUGAUUUGUACUGUAAGGUGAAUUUGGAAAGAAACUGCCUGUGAACAUCACUGACACUUAUUUGGGGUAUGGAUAUAUUCUCUUAAAAUAAUCACAAUUCUUCAGGAUGAUGGAGAGUGGGAAAAGUCCUAUCAGUUUGUGGAUAUGUAAUUACGGAAGACUAUUUAAAAUAAUUCUCUCUGUAUUGGCUGCUAUUUGCAUAUGCAUUGUGCUUACAAUGACAUUGACUAAUUUGCUAUUGUUUCAAAAGCAGAGUAAAUAUUGGUUCUUAUUUUGUUCUAAAUUACAAUUUCCUUUAAUAGAGCUGCAGUGCUUAAUAUGUUUUGUACAUUUGUGUGAUGCAAAAUAAUUUGGCUGUAAUUGCUUAAAUAGUAACUAACUUGGUGUUAAAUUACAUAUGUACAACUGCUUUUGAACCAUAUAACUUAAUUUGUGUCACAGACACAGAGGGAUGCACUUUGAAUUCAUCAGGACUUACUGGGUUAGAUGUAGAACUAUGAGAACUCAUCUAGAGCUCUUGAGAGUCAGCUUUGAAAGGUAUGAAGCUGAAUGCACUGAAUGGGUGGCAUAUGGUACAAAACUGAACUUGCUCUGUGCAUUCUCAGCACAUUGUUUUGAGAAGCUGAAGCGGCUCUGGAGAAUACAGUGCAGAGACAUCAGCUUGCUCCAUAGAGCUACAGCCUAGGUUUUGCUCAACUAAUUAGUUCCAGUUAGCUUUGGGCCUACUGAAUGGGAGCUAGAUGUAGGAAGCAACUUUGGAGUAUUUACAUCGUGCUCCCUUUGCAUUGAGUUCUGUAAUGCCACAGAUGUGCUUGGGACUAGCUUGUGAAUUCAGCUGCAGACAAGCUAAUAAACUUCUGAAUGCUGAAGCUAUGAAAAAAACCAAGAGCCACAAAUAAUAAGACAAUAAAAAGAUCACGGAAGCCAGCUUACCUGGCUGUCAAGACUUACAGGGUGCAGCACUUGUCCAUGAACAUAUUUUAACUUGAUUGCAAAAUAAUUCCUAACAGGUCUUGUAAUAAAUACUGUUCAGGGUUCGUGUUAUUGUGGGUAUUUGAGUUACCUAUGAGGGAGGGCUGACUGAAGUAACAAAAUUUGACAUAGAAUUUUUUUCACCUGAGGGAAAUUCAAAUCUCAAAUUUAAAGUUGUUGGAAGGUGGGGGAUUUUUUUGUCAUCAAAAGAUGCUGUUGCAUAGGGUAUUAAAAAAGUCUGUCACAUGAAAGCAAUUACAGAAUUUCUGGAAAAUUACCACUGCUUGGCUAAAUCAUAUUUACUUCAGGACUGUGCUAAGAUCUCUGCUGAGAUCAAGAAGAUAUAUGUAUUUAAGCUUUUUUUUUAAUAAUUUUGUUGGCAAAAAUGUUUGUUUUGAAGAAAUGCAAGUGUUUGUUUAACAACUCAAAAAAAUUGAUCAUGCUGCUUGUUUCUUUUCAUGUCACUUUAUUUUUUUCUUUUUUUUUACAAAAUGUGCACAUUUAGUUUACACAAACAUGCUACCGCAGAUUUCAAGUGUACAUGUAUUGUACUACUCUUAUCCUACACUGGUGAUAGCAGAGCAGCCUUCGACAUGCCUCUAACAAACAUCCCAUCUCUACACCAGAAUAGAUACCUGAUUUAUUUUUGCAAAAGAACACUUGCAAAGGUCUUUCUACUUCAUUAAUCCCCCUUCUGCAGCAAUGUCACAAUGAAGAGUGGCCUAUCUCUGAUAGCAUUUCACCUGUUUUGAAGUAUUGGCAUAAACUCUGUGGACAAUAUAUCUUAAAAAUUACAUGGAUGGAGUGGCAGUAUUAUAUUUUAGGUACAUACUUUUUUAGAAAAAUCUUUCUAGGUUCAGAAUUAAGGUAGCUCCAACCUUAAUGAAGAAAUGAUCCUAAGAAGUGUAACACAGUUAUCACAUAUAGAUGCUAUUAGAUAGCUGACGUUUCCAAUUUUUUCCUGAUUCUGUCUCCUAAUUAAAGAUAAUACAAAAACUGAAACAGAUGUUGGCCUGUCUAGCAGUUAGUAGUAGUAGCUGUUACUAUGUCGUGCUAGUCAUUCUGAGCUUCAGAAGUUGUUCAUGCCUUUUUCUUCAUUAAAGGCAGAAAGACACAUACUCAUGAAAACGGCAUUAGGAUCCAGUUCAGGUCUCUUCAUGAAAAAUUCAAAGUCAGAAGAUCCUUAAUUUUCAGCAAAGAACUUUGCAGACACAUCCAAGAAUAAUUGGAAAUACAGUAUGUAGGACUCCCUGUACUCAUGUCAUGAUAAAUUAAAUGCAGAUUUACUAGGUAAGUGUGACUGAUUGACAGAAGCUUACUUGUAUUUGUUAGGGAGUAAAUCUACCUAUAAGCAAGUUCUUUUUUUUGUUCUAUAACAGUUCUUCCGCUCAAGUUAUCUAUUUCAUUAGGUUUGGGGUUGUUUUUGAAGAGAAAAGCAAGUCAAAGGUGGAAGGCAAUUGCAGCCAGAUGUGCAUUGCACAUUGAGUAUAGCACUUUAACACAAAGUAUUAUUCAAAAAUUGAGGACUGCACCAUACAAAUGUGGAAAGAAAAUACAUGAUAAUGCCUCUGUAUAAAUUAGAAUCUAAGAGUUAAGAAAUACACUCAAACACCUGGAGCUUAAUCCAGUACAAAUGAGUAGCAAAACUAAGAUUAUUUAUUUAAUCUCCUUGUGAUAGUAUCUAUUUUAGCUAAGGGUUGGAAUGACAAUAAAGCUGCGUAAUGUCAGGUCUUAUUUUGUUUGUGUUUGGAGUAAAAACCCGACUGUUCAGAAGAAUCUUGUUAACUAAGUAGCCACUGUUGAAGUGCUAAAUUGUAUAAUUUAUAAAGGGUUUUUUGGGGAAAAGUGUAUAAUAAAAAUUUAUUUGCAUAAUA